GUUCAGAUACAGGGUCUUCAAGUACACUUUGGACUUCGCUGCUAGCGCUGACAUGUUCGACCAGGUGCUGCCCUACCUGGAUUACUUAGAGUCCUGGAUGGCGGAUUGGGAUGCCACUUUGCAGAUGGACGACAAGCGCAAGCUUUACUCAGACAUUUCCAAGUACAUGAGGACCUACGGCAAGAAGCCCGAAGCUUUCCAGUACCUGAAGAUGUACCACAGUCUCUUUCAGGGUGAGUCUGCGGACUUGCUGAAGAAACCUGAGGUCGCGGAUCAGACCAUUCAGCUGAUCAAGGAUGCCAUCACGCUUCCGGUGAUCAUUCAGUUUGAUGACGUCCUGAUGUUGGACUCCGUGAAGGCCUUGAAGGGCACCAAGCAGGAGGGUCUGGUGACGCUCUGCGAAGUGUUCUUGUCCGGCACGGUGGAUGACCUCAAGGAAUUUCAGAAGAAGAAUGGACAGCUGUUUGACGAGCACGGUCUCAAUUUCCAGGAUGCCAUGUCCAAGAUUCGACUGUUGACCUUAGCGACCAUGGCAAGGGGACAGUCCGAGUUGCCCCUGGACGAGAUUGCCAAGCAGAUCCAGGAGAGCCCCAGCAGCGUCGAAGCCUGGGUGGUUCGUGCCAUCUCAGAGGGGGUCAUUGAUGGCCGCAUCGAUCAGCUGAACCGCAAGGUGCUGGUGAAGUCGGCCUUCCUCCGGAAGUUUGAGAAGGAGGAGUGGAAUUUCCUGGACUCCAAGUUGUCCCAAUGGAUUGACAAUUUGGAGGAAGUGAUCAAAUUUCUGGGCGAGCAGAAGAACAAGGUCGAGGAUGCAUGACGCCAUGGAGAAGUGGUGGCCUGCGCGGCUACGUAAGACCGACGGGACGGUGACCCCAUGACGUUUCGCCGUGGCACCGUCGGCCCGUGACGAACAGCGCCGUGGCACCAAGCCGUGACAAAA